UCAGGGAAAAAUCUGAAGCAGUAUCAGCAUAUAUUAGGGCCAGCAUGAGUUUUUUGCGAAAAGUUCCAAAAUUUAACUAUUUCAAUGUAAACUUAUCAUUUAACUCAAAUAUCUUUCCCAAAUAUUACCAAUUUCCAAUACUGAUGGAACGUUCUUCCAUAAUGCCGGUCAAACUCACUUUACCGAAUCCUUGUCCUUUACCAGCUGCUUAGAUCAUUAGCCAGCGGAAAGAUGCCGAUUGAUCCACCUAUUCGCUAUCCUCGGCUGUUGAACCUCAUAUCCACCACAGAAUAUGUUAUGGGACUAGUUUUUCUCCCCAUGUUCGGGUGCGGUGUUCUUGUAGGCUAUCUGCGUGGAUAUCUGCGGCACUGGUCCUGGGAAAAAUGGUCGGAAACCGUACUGGAAUUCGCCAAUUAUGGCAUAUUAAUCACAGCUGGCCGAUACGGAUGCCGAGCACAAAACCCGCCCAUCGGAAAAGAACUGCAUCACUUUUAUCUGGACUUCCUGUCCUGGAAUACCGUCGGCGCCAUUAUCUCGGUCCUACAGAUCAUCAUCCAAACGGUGGAAAUUUCCUGGCCUGAUAAUGACGAAUAUACCACCGCACUACCGGAAACAGAUCAGGCGGUGAAAAAUUUGUUGAUCAUUGCCUCGUCCAUUGCCAUGGUGCUAAUUCUCUUCGUCCAGAUGGCAGCGGUCAGUUUGGAUUUAAUCAAAUGGACCAGCUGUGAAAAGCGGACUUUGUGGUGUAGUGAUCAGAUCGGUAUGCGUGUAGCGGAGUGGUACAGAAAUGUUUCGUGGCGAGUGUAUCCGGCGUGGCGGAGUGGUUUUUCCCGACUGUCCAUUGCGUCUACGUGUCCGGCAGUGCCGACGACGGCUCAAACCAGUUUGACCGUCGCAAGCAGCGAUGUACUGGAAGUAGAAACCUAAAGAGUUUCGGUAAUCGGCUUAUUCUUAAUUUCAGUAGCUUUUCUAUUAUCUGGCACACUCAUAUCGACUGCACUUAAUAACCACGACGUCAUACACGUAACAAAAUUAUAACAUUAUUAUUAAGGUCAUGAGGCUACAAGCAAAUUUGAAUUACUGGAACGAGCAUGAUUGCAACGAUGAACAAAAUUUAGAAUUAUCGUUGCAAUACUAUUUUGCAAUACUGUUGACUUUCGCUGGGAUCUUGAAGUACUCGUAGUAAAAUCUCUGUUUUGCAAUACCUGCAUGUCUUUUGAUGAAACAACCAGAUCUUAGAU